AUGUCAAUAUAUAUAUAUGAAAUUCAUCAUUCAUUACAACAAACAAAUACUUCUGUAAUAAUAUCAAAUAAUCAAGCACAAUCUGAUACAAUAUCAUGUUUAUCAACAUUAAUAUUUGAUUGUUUAGCUCAAGCAUUAACCGGAAUACAAAUUUUUUUAUUAAACAUUCGUCAACAAUUAAUCGUUUCAUCAUCAUCUACUGCAACAAAAUCUUCAAAUAUUUCUUCACAAAUAUCAUUAAAUAAUUCUAUAACUGUUAUUCAUACAAUAAAAGAUUUUAAUAAUCUUAAUUGUCAUAUGGAUAUAACACCAAAAAUUUAUACGCAACUGCUUAAAAAUGUAACUUAUAAAAAAAUCAUUACUAUUUAUGAUGUUAUCGUUGGCCAAUAUUUUAAAAAUGAUAUAUGGCGUUUAUAUGAAAUAUGUACACAUAUUUAUAGAUUAUUACAACAACCAAAUGAAAAUACAAAUUCAUUAUAUAAUGAACAAAGAAUGAUUAAUAGUUCAUCAAUAAUAUAA